GCUACCACCAACUGUAUACAACAGACGACAGCAUGGCUGCUGCUAUUGUGAUACGAUCAGCCACGGCCGCAGAUCAGGACGCUAUUGCUCGGAUCCACUACGAGGCUUUGAAUGCGUAUCAUGAUUUCUAUGCCGCGUUCUUCAGGACGCACCCCCGCGAGCUGCUAACCCAAUCGACACGGCGCGCGUUCGCGGAGACGAAUUUCACAUUUUUGGUAGCGGAAGAGACGACAAUCAAUGGUUCGGAAACCGUUGGAUUCAUAAGAUAUAAAAUUGUCCAGGCUCGUCCCGAUAACGCUCAGGACGAGAAGAGCGUGGAGUCCUCACAGCCGUCGCUCCUUGCGCGGAAAGACCACCUGGAGCAUAUCUGGGAGAGAUUCACCGAGAGGGAGAAGGAGAUGGACGCAUGCUACGAAGCGGCUGCUACCGGGAAGCGUCAUUUUUUCGUCAACCAUCUCAUGGUACAUCCUCGACACCAGCGAAGGGGUGUAGGCGGCAUGCUACUGAGGGAGGUUACCGCGCGGUCUGAUGACGAGGGCGUGCCGACGCUCAUCGUUGCUUCGGCCGAGGCGCGCGGACUGUACGUGAGAUGUGGCUUCGCCGUGCUGGGUGAAUGGACCAUUGAUAAUGGCUACUGGGCGGCUGAAAUAGAGAGGCACGAGCAAGAGCUCGGCAUAGGAGACUCUCGGGGGCUGGGGGCCAAGUUCAAAGGUGUCAAGGAAAUUGAAGCUUACAUGAUUAGGGAGCCUCCUGCUGUAAGGUUGGCAGACGGUUAGGCCAGGAGGUCCCCUCAUGCAUGUCCAAUAGAGCAAUCCACAAAUCCUGUGCAAUCGAAUCGAUGUAAUAUUUGGCACAUUAUGCGAG